AUGGACUUUAUUGUCGGCACGUUCAACACGUCGAACCUCUAUACCCUACAGUUUGAUCCACGGCAAGAGUCCAUCAGCGUACGCUCAAUUUCGCAAGCAUUGGUCGGACACUCAUGGCUGGCCCUAUCUCGGGAUAAGAAGACGCUUUAUUGCACUUCUUGGGGGACGCCGAAGUCCUGUAUUGCCGCGUUCAAGAUACCGCAAGAUGGCGGUCGACUUGAGUUUAUCAACAGUCUCCCAGUAGACGGAAGACCAGGCUAUGUUUGCUGCUCUGCAUCACAUGUAUACUCAGUUGGGGGUGCUACAGGCAACGUUUUUACUAUCAGAGAAGAUGGCGGUCUUGAAAACGAAGUGCAGACACUCGACUUUGUACAGCAAAUCACGGAGAAUAUGAGCGAGAAGCGAGGCGCCGUAGCCCACGGCGACUUUGGCGGCCUGCGUCACGGGGCACACAGCUGCGACUUGAGUCCUGACGGCAAAACAUUAUACGUCGCGGAUAUUGGCCGGAAUUGCGUAUGGGCAUACGGCGUAGCGCCAGCUGAAAGUAAACAUGACGCAAGGAACGGCUCCUAUACGAAUGGUACCUAUAUCGACAAGCGGUUAAACCACUUGACCCUGGACAUCAAGGCCAUUGCGCCGCGCGCCUACGACGGGCCGCGGCAUACUUGGCCACACCCGAAUGGAAAAGUGCUCUAUAGUCUACAAGAGCAUAGCAGCAUGGUGGACGCGUUCCUUAUUGUACGGGAUGACCAAGGGAUAAUCACAGAACUGCGGCUUUGCGGCUCUGGCAAUAUUCUUCCUGAGAUGGAGACGAGGACCGACUUCUGGGCCGACGAGGUUCGUCUGUCCUCCGGACCUGACGCAUCGCGCCCGAGAUAUUUGUACGCGUCUACGCGAGGGUUAAACAAGGCGACAAAGGGUUACGUAUCGGUAUUCGAAAUCGACGGUGAAGGCCUGUUUGUAUCGGAACAGGCGGUAGACAUCUGGCAGACACCAACUAGCGGUGGCAUUGCCAACGCAAUUGAACCUGCACCAUGGUGCCAAGCGCCAGGAGCUGAGCAUCUGCAAUACCUCGCGUUGACCGACAGUCAGGAGGGAACAGUCAGCAUUCUAAGCUUCGAUGGCAAGUCGCUUAGACAAGCGUGUAUCACAACGUUACAGGAGGAGCUGUCGAUGCCCGACGAACCUCGUGGUGGCGAGACGCGACUAAUAAUCGAAGCUGCAACUGCCGUCUGGCUGUGA